AUAUUUCUGACAACUGCACCUGCUGUAAAAGAAAAAAAAUAAGCGAAAGUAAAAGUGGCAUAAAAAUAACAGCUAGGUGCUUCGAGUGAAAGAUUUUCAAACAAAUUAGAUUUCCGAGUCACUUUUGUGUUUGUGCUUCAAGUCCAAGACACCCAAAACCAAUGGCAAUGGCGACAAGUUACCCCAACGAUUACAGCAACUCUUGCCGGCUGUGCCUGUCAAAGGAGGGGCGACAGUUUGGCGUGUUUGGACCUGGGCCCACUCCCGAUCCCGAUGAUAUCGGGCCCCUCAACGCCAGAAUAUUCUCUUGUUUAUCAAUUGAUAUUUCCCAGUACGAUGACCUUCCAAAGCAGAUAUGUCACAGAUGUGAAUGCCAAAUCAACGUGUGGUACUAUUUUAAGGUCGAAUGUGAAGCAUCUCAAAAAAAGUUAACAGCAUGGUUGAAAGCUCAUCCAAGUUCUUCAUCGGAGAAAGAGGCCUGUAUCGAAGAUGAACACACUACAAUGUUCCAAGAGUCUGUGCAUAUCAAGCUGGAGCCAGAGGAUGAAGAAUUCCCUACUGAUCAGCAUGAAUCAGGAGAGGCUGAUUCAUCGCGUAAUGACGGAGUUUUGGACCAGAGUCUUACCUAUACAUCCAAUGAGUCAAGCAAUUGUUUGAACCUGGUUAUCUCUGGCACAACAACAGUGGACCCUGAUGUCCAUGAGGGCUUCAGUGAAGAGAAAGAUGAGCCUUUUGCUCCGGUGCAAAUGUUACCGACUUCUGAACGCACUCUGGAUAAAGAUGCAUCAACCACCAAAAUUGAUGAAAUAAAUCCCAAUCCUUCAGCCAAUGCAAAAGGAUGGCUGGAGUCAGAGGAUUCUAAGAAGACCUCGCAAGAACAAUCUUCAGCACUUUUGGAGAGGUCCUUUCAUGUCAAGAGUGAAUCUAAGGAAUCAGAAAGUGGUGAUGAUCAAAUCCUUAAGCAUCUUCUCACCAGUUCUAACAGUGCUCUUUCCAGAAGUUCUAGGUCACUCUCACCGUCUCAUCAGAUCCCUUCUUCCACCUCCACAAUCACCUCUCCUAAGAAGCGUUUGAGAGCUUUGAGUUUGGAGCCAACCCUCAAGAGGCCCAGGUUAUCUGAAAACUCUUCAGAGCACUCCAGAGUCCAAUAUAGCUCAAUUUUUCUGCCAAAAAUAAGUAAUGAUGUUUAUGACGAGAACUCAUCCACUUGCAAGAUUUGUGUGAAAUCAUUUUCACAUAUAGCUAAUCUUUGGCGCCACAUUAAAACAAGCCAUGCUCAAGAAAAUCCUUUUAGAUGUGACAUAUGCCGUAAAGAUUUUUCUUUAAGAAGAGAACUUAUUGCUCACAGGCUUGGAACAAUCAACAAGUAUUGUCGUCUCGGUAAGAAACCGGAACUGUCAUCUCUAAUUACUGCUAAUCCGAGGAUUAAAUAUGGAAACCGAGGAAGAUAUGAAUGCAGUGAGUGCAAAUUGAAGUUUAUUACGUUCACUGAUGCAAAAGCUCAUGAAAGAAUUCACACAGGAGAAAAGCCUUUCAUCUGUUAUAAAUGUAAUGAAAGAGAAUUUCGCUUACGAAAAACAGCUCUUAAACACGUUACUUUAUGUAAAGGCAAAGUUGAACUUCAGCCUCAAAUUUCUCAGGACAACCAUGAACAUUCAUCUGCUGCUGCCGUCACAGUUCCAAAUUUGACGCUUCACAAUGUAGUGAAAAAAAGUCUGAAGAAAGCAAAGUCAUGCAAUGUGGACAAGUGCUCUAAAUGUGGCAAAGUUUUUUCCAGUGGUGUUGGGUUAUCAAACCACUUGAAAACAAAUUGUGCAAGAAAAUGUAUUUCUUGUCUUAAAUUUGUACCAUUUAAGACAUUUUUUAAACACUAUCGUCAGUGUUUUACAGCUGCUCAUAGUUCCUCUGCAUUGCCAGAAAUAAUUUCAGGCGAAGCUUUAAACUUGAACAAUGACAGCGCUGAUGUUAAAAAUGUAGUAAAAAGUGAGAGUAAUGUUACUGAUGGACCUAAAGCUGAAAGUAGCCCUGUUCCUAGAAAGCUUAUGAGGUUUGAUAUGACUGUGCGUGAGAUGUGGAAGAAACAGCUGAACGAAGACGGCGUUUUAACAUUGACCUGUGCAUUUUGUGGAAGAACCAGUGUUAACAGAAAAUCUCUCCAUUCCCAUAUUACCAAACACAGCAGUAAACGUUUCAGAAAUGCAAGGACUCCUGGGAAGUACCCAGGCUUCAUGCGUCCAAAAUUGAAAUGUGAUAUUUGUAUGAAAACAUUUAGCUCUGCUUCUUCUUUGGAAUACCACAAGCUGACACACAAAAAAGUGAAGUGUGAAAAAUGUGAAUUGACUUUCCCAGCGUCAAUGGAGAGAACUCACUUAUGUACGGCCAAAGUGAAGUCAGAAUCCACUCAGUUAUCUGGAAUGGAAUUUGGUGUACUUCCAGAAAAACGUGUGAUUCAGUACACUUGUCAUUUAUGUAAGAAGAAAUUUCAUACGAGGAAAAUGCUGUACCAGCAUAAAAAAAUGCACAUUAAAGUUAAAAUAUUUAAGUGCAAAAUGUGCAAUAAUUCCUACAGUGAUGCUGGAGCCUUAAAAGCACAUAAAGAAGAGGAUCAUAAAGAUGAAGCAGAAGUGGUGAAAGAGACUGAUAGAGAACUGACAGAAAAUCGGAGUGUGGAAAACCAAUCCAACCUGAAUGAAAGUUCAGAAAAGUUUGUAGGAAAGCCACUCUAUUGCCAUGUUUGUCAGAGAGGGUAUUCUUCUGAAGGAUCCUUGGAUCGUCACAUGAAGUUACAUAAUAGUGUUAGUAAAGUUUUUGCUAUUCAAAAGCCGAGCAAUCCUGGUGUGUUUUACUGCAAUAUAUGUGACAAAGCUUUCACGAGCUUAGUAAGCUUCACUGCUCAUAAGGGAUGGCAUUCUCGUUCUCUCUCUGAAUCAACUCCAAAGGCUGAAGUAUCUUCUGAUGAAACUCCUGAUCUUUCAAAAAGCCCAGAGCCUCAGAAGACCCCAGAUACCAUAGAAGCCAACGAUGAUGAAUCAUCUCUUUCUUUUUGCUGCCCACAUUGCCCCAAAAAGUUUGUUGCUCAGAAAAAUCUUAGGAUACAUUUACAUUAUCAUAAAAAUCCUAAAUUCCAGUCUCCAAAGGAGACCAAGUUAGAGACCGUGAGUCAUAUUGAAAAUAUUCAUAAAUGUGAGAUCUGUCCAAGCACUUUUUCGGACUUGUCUGAACUUUCUUCUCACAUGGUUACUCAUACAGAGAAGUCUUCUGAUACUUUGAUUAAACCGUCAGAAAAUGACACUCCUAAGCAGGAGCUAUUGCAUUGUAAGUUGUGUAAUAAGGAAUACAAGAACAAGAAGAACCUAAACUAUCACAUGAUGGGACAUUCAGGAGAAAAACCUUAUAAGUGCAAAAGCUGCUCAAAUCAAUACAGUAAUCCGAAAGCCUUGUCCAAACAUGAAAAAGAGAGACAUGCAGUGGUCCUUCGUCCAUUCUCCUGUAAUAGAUGCAAAACUAGUUUUGUCUUGAGAGAAGAUCUACUUGCUCACCAAGAAAAAUGUCCCAAUCAAAUUCAGCCAGUGUCUUCUUAGUAGUCGUUAGAUAUUGCAGCAAUUAAAAUAUGUUGAAUGUCUGGUGUGAUAGGAGCAUCCUGCCCACCAUUUACAGUACUUCUUCAAUUAUGUAUCAUACAGAAAAGAGUCUCUUUUGACAGUGUGUUAAUGUACUUUCACUGCCAUUCCUUCCUUUUGUUUUCCAAUUUGAAUAAUGUUGUUCUACUUUUUAAGUGAUUACAGUAAUGUGAGUUGUUCCCUCUUGUGUGGUGUGUUCACUACUGCCUGUGAUAAAAAUAUUUGUGUGUACAAUCUGAUUAUUAGCUUGCGUGUGUACUUCAAUUGGAACCAUUUCUCCAAGUAGUGUUAUAAGUUAUUUCUCAAGUUUGACUUGACUUUGUGUAUCAACCCCUUUAGUUUUUGUGAUAUUUCUGUGAAAUAUUUUGAACAUGACAAAACAAAUAAAGAAGAGUUUCCUUAAGUUU